GCCGCCGGCGGGGUCGCGCCCACCGGGCGAGCGCGGCGGCGGCAUCUCGUAGCUCGGCUGCGGAGGGCCGUCCAUCGUGGCUCAGCAGAGGACAAUAAUAUUGCCUUAUCAAGCUCUCGUGCGCAAACGCAAGCCACAGCGAACAAUUGUAUGUGGACUACUAUUGCAAAUAAAACACUGCCGAUGCUGCAGCAUGGACCAGCUCCACCCUCGCCGCGAUUACUUUUG